AUGACUUCUUCUUCAAAUAAUAUUUUACAAAAUUAUUCAAAUGAAACCUCAGUGGUUUCGGCUCCAGUCUCAACAAAUAUGGUUAUUGGUUUACCAACUGUACCUAUAAAAAUGGACUUUCGUCCAAUGUCUCACUUGAUGAAAAAACGUACACAUUAUCAAGUAAAUGUUGUUUCAAAUCCUGUUGCACCUUCACCUGUGUCUUCUACGAUAAUCGCUGUUGCUGCUAAACCUUUACCUCAUAAGGCAAUUCAAAAAGUGGAAGGUAUUCAUCAUGCACAAGGUAUUUAA